AGUGUCUACACUUAGCCUUGGGAACUGAGCCUUAAAUUAGUUUCGGAAAACACAACACAAAAUUGAAGAUAGGACACAAUGCCAAAGUGCAGUUGCUUAAAAAAGGAGGCUCGCGUCCAUGUCAUCUACGUGGGAGGAACUAUCGGAAUGAUCCGCAAUGAGUCGGGAGUACUGCAAACCGUGCCGAAGAUGUUGGCCGAGCGGCUCCAGGAGUUUCCCAGCUGCCACGACAGGAGCUACAAGAAUGAUGAUGGGUGCUUUAUGGCCCUACCCGCAGUGGCCGAUGCUCCCUAUCGAGUACUCUACGACCUGGUCGAGUUCUGUCCCCUGAUGGACUCCAGUUGCAUGGGCAUCUGCGACUGGCAGCGCAUGGCUAACGAAGUGGGGAAAAACUACAAAUCCUAUGAUGGCUUUGUAAUCCUCCAUGGAACCGAUACCCUGGCCUAUUCCGCCUCGGCACUAUCCUUUAUGCUGGAGAACCUCAAUAAACCGGUGGUGCUCACUGGGGCCCAGAUACCGAUCUUCGAGGCCCGAAGCGAUGGUCGGGAGAACUUCUUGGGCGCACUCCUGAUUGCCGGUAACUACAACAUACCCGAGGUGCUCGUCUUCUUCGGCAACAAGAUCCUGCGUGGCUGUCGCUCCACCAAGAUCAACUCGGACUCCUUCCAUGCUCUGGAUUCACCAAAUCUGCCUCCUUUGGGCCGUGCGGGUGUGAACAUUGAGAUCAACAGCCGCCAAAUCUUCAGGCCUUGCAAUGUUAAUCCCUUCAAUCUCCACCCUGAGCUCGACAAGAACGUGGCUCUGCUGCGGAUUUACCCGGGAAUAAGUGCCAGUGUGGUGCAGGCCUUUCUCAAGGAUCCCAUUAAAGGCGUGGUCCUUCAGACCUUUGGGGACGGCAACUUCCCGGUGAAUCGCGAGGAUCUGCUCGACGAACUGAGGGAGGCGGUCCACCGAUGCGUUAUUAUCGUAAACAUUACCCAGUGCUCGGCGGGAAUGGUCACGAACUCCUACGAGACAAGCCGCGCGCUGCUCGAGGUGGGCGUGAUACCCGGCUACGACAUGACCCAGGAGGCUGCCUUUACCAAGCUGGCCUAUGUGCUGGCCAAACCCGAAUGGGAUGUGGCCAACAAGAAGAAGGUGCUGCAGCUGAGCCUGCGCGGCGAGCUGACCACCAACAAGGUGGCCAAGAUCAAUGACAUUGACCUGAUCGAGGGCGUGGCCCGCACUUUACACAUGUCCACGGCGCUGGAACGGCAGCAGAUGUGCUCCACCUUCUAUCCCGCUUUGGUGGCGGCCGCGGUCACCGAAGGUGAUGUCCACAAGUUGGGCGAUCUCAAGCAGUACGGCGCCAAUCUGUGCGACACCAACUGCGAUGGACGCUCCGCCCUGCACUUGGCCAGCUUCCUGGGCAAGCUGAACUGCGUCUGCUACCUCAUCGCGUCGGGUUGUCCGGUGAAUGUCCACGAUCGUUUCAAUCGCACGCCAUUGCACGAGGCCAUCGACACGGACAACCAUGAUAUUAUCAAGGCGCUGCUCAAAAACGGGGCCAAGCUAAACGAUCAGCCGCUGGUCCAGGCGGAGCUGCUGCGUGCCCUCACGGAGCGGGGUAAGAUCAAGCGAUUGGAGUCCUUCCGUUUGGCGGGGGCCAAUCUCACGCUGGCCGAUCGAACGGGACGGACGGCGCUGCACUACGCCUGCCAGCUGGGCAACCACGAGGUGGUGGAGUAUCUGCUGCCGCACUACAAGAAUCCGUAUCUCAAGGAUGAACUGGGCAUGUCACCCAUCGAUUACGCCAAGGCAGCCAAUCAUGACCACAUCCUGACACUGCUGCGGUUCCGGGAGAAAGAGUUGGCCCAAGAGGAUCCUUGCUCCUGUUCAAAUUAGAAAACAAUAUUAAACCCAUGCUCCGAAAUUCCAAAUUAAAAAGAUUACUCAACCGCUUUUGUCAAAUUUCAAA